GGUCGGGCGGUGACGGUGGGACGGGGGGGACGCAGAGCUGCCGCAGCCGGACCGGGUGGGAGCAGAACCACCCCGGCCUGCAUUCACCCAUCUCUGUGAAUCCGAGGAACUGAUCAUCUUUUCCACUCCACCAUGCGGGAUUACACGGACACCACGAGCAACGGAGGAGGCUACAUGCCGUGUUGCCAAGUUUGCGUUUUCGUUUUUACCGCAUUCCUGGUCGUUGCGGAGAGGACGGCCGUGAUCUAUUGCUUUGUGUAUUACAUUUGGAUUGGCCACAACUACUGCUAUGCUCAUCUUGCUGGCUUCACGGCACUCUUCCUGCUCCCAGGUUGGGGUCCACAGUGGCUCAGUUACCUGUGGUAUCUCUCGGAUGGAAAAAUCCGCAGGAAAUCUCUCAGAUGGACUCACAUAUUACACCUGGGUAUCUUUAAAAGGCUGUGGGACUGUAUGCGUCUCCCGGAUGAGGAUGUUUAUGGAAAAAUCAUGCAGCAGGCUGACGUGUCUGCGUUACGUCUGUUUGAGGCCUUGGUGGUCACGCUCCCCGAAACGCUGCUCCAGACCUACGUACUCAUCUGCACCGACAUAGGAGUCCGCUCUCCUGCCUCGGUGUGUUUUGCUGUGUGUUUGCUGUCUCUGGCCUGGGCGCUGGUUCUCUACGCCAGAUCCUGCUCACUCAUCAGACCGGGACACCUGCACAUGACUCCAGCUGCCAUUCUUUGCCGACUCCUGUGGAGGGUUGGCAUGCUGGGAUCCCGGUUUGCUGUGCUCAUGCUCUUCACGCGCAUCUUCAAGCAGUGGGUCCUGGGAGUCAUUGGUGUGCACUGGCUGGGGGCAACUUUCUGGAUGGUGUCUCAGCAAACCGACGUCAUCCGUUCAACUAGUCGAUGGAGUAUUUUCAACCUCAUUCUGGGAGCCGUUCACGUCUUUCUCUUCCUCAACGUGAAGUACGGGCCAUCCAGAUACCGCAUGGCUGCGUUUUACCUGGUCAUGUUUUUAGAGAACGCUCUUCUUCUUCUGGCCUCCUCCUGGUUUUUUGCUAUGGUGUCCUGGGACACUGUGGGGAUCCCGGCUGCAGUCUUCUGCAGCUUCCUCAUUGGUGUGAUAGCGUUGGUGCUGUACUACCGUUUCCUGCAUCCCAAGUCUUUUGAGAUCUUCCAGAGUAUUCGCCACAGGGGGAUUGGUGGGGCCUGCAUGGAGCGAGGAUCUACACUCUCACUGGAGGAGAAAGUCGAGCCCAAUUUCCAUCACCGUACGACAUUGUCUGGAGGUGGGACCCUAAUGGACCUGCCCAUCCAAUGGGAAGGCUGGAAGCAUCACCACUGGCUGCUGAUUCGCUUAGCUCUUAAGACAGGAGACGUUUCAAGGAUCUGGUCAGCGUACGGAGAAGGCGGACUGGCCGGACUCAUGGGUCUCCCAGAAGAGAUUCACUCCCCUGACGUGCAUCACGUACCCCGGGUUCCACCUCCUCAACCGAGAGUUCUUCAAAUCUCACACCCGGUUCCUCAACCAGCCCCGCCAGCUCCUCCACCGCAGGUGAGUGAAGUCGUCCAGCCACCUAAACCAGCUCACAGCAACAUUGUGGCCCGACCAGUGAGAAAAGCUCCUCCCACAACCAUCAAGGACAUGAGGUUUCCAGAGAUCAUCCCUUUCCAGGAGGUCAUUCCUGAGGAAACCGCAGAGGACGAAUUAAGCGCGGCUCCAUCAGAUGAUAAAGGUGAUGAGGACUUCCAGAGCGCUGCUUACGGCUCACCGUCUCUGUCAUCUCCUCAACUUGGCGGAAGCCUCCGGCACAUCGACAGCAACGCCGCGUCUCUCACAGAGGCGUCCUCCUCCGUGGCCUCUCUGGACAUCAAGACGCCCGGCUGGUCCCCUGAGCGCCGCUCUCCUCUCCUGUUGGCCUCCCCAGAGAAGAAGGAGGGAACCCCAGCAGAAUCCAACACUACUCUGUAUUUCAGCGCAGAUGCGCCGUCGCCGUCCAGCGGCAGCUACCUGGGCUGGGGCUCGGAGCUGUCGCCUAUUUCCUCCUACAGAAGACCCUAUCGGAUCAGAGAAGCCCGCUUUGUCACGUCCACCCCUCGACUGGAGGCUGCAGGUGGAGCUGAAAGCCCCGGCCCGGCGCCGGUUGUUAUCAUUCCUGCCACUCCCGGCACAACACCGGGUACCACUCCAGGAGGAACACCUGGAGCCACCACACCUGCAGCUUCCACUCCUGGUGCUGCCACUCCUGGUACUCCACUCACACCAGUCAUCUCCCACGCUCGCAAACAGAUGGUGCAGUUUGUGGACUUUAGAGAGAAUUUAGUGUAAAGUAAAGGAAAAGCUAACAUUUCCAGUUCAGCUGUUCAGUAUAUAAAGCAUUCUUGUAUUAACUAACUUGUUGGAGAAUUAUGAAAUCUUUUUAGGCAGUCAUAGAGUUCAUCUAUAAAAUAUUUAUCCUUUUGUGCAGACAGAUUAUAUUACAUAAAAUAGGAUUGUAAACUGAUGGCUCUUCCAAUAUAUGAACAAUACACAGAUUUGUAAGAGUUAACCCUUAAAGGUGACCUAUUUUGUGUCCACGGUCGGGUUAGGAUUUAUCUAUGGGCAUUUUCUUUGCACAAAAUAAUUAUUAGAUAAAGACAUUUACUCUGUUAUUUUCAGAAUGAGCUGUUUUAGUGCCUCAUGUCACUUUAAAUCCAAAUAAGCUGCUGGCCACACCCCCCAAUUCAACAUUCAGGAGAUUUUUGAAGCGGCUUGUUUUCCAGACACCAUAAAACUUUAGCUUGUUGUCAAAAAACAGCUGGGUGUUUUUUUUAAACGUUUUUAGAAGCAGUAGAAACACCAGAGGAACUACAAAAACCUCCAAAUUGUGACAUUUGGGUAAUAGGUCACCUUUAACUAACUUGUUGCCGAGUUGUGAGAUGUUUUUAGGUCAUCAUAGAGUUCAUCCAUAAAUUAUUUAUUCUGUCUGCUCUUUUGUGCAGACAUAUUAUAUUACAGGAAAUAGGAAUGUAAAAUGAUGGCAUUUCAAAUAUCUGAAUGUUACACAGGCUUGUGAGAGUUACCACUUGACACGUUACUUGUUUGUUAGUGGUCCGCUGGUUUGGGAUCAUGUUAUCACACUUACAUUUUCCAGCUGGUUGUAAUACGCAUGGACAAGGUUUGAAAAGUCUGAACAUCUUUAAGUGACACAUUAUUAAGUGACACAUUGAAAAUACUAUUAUUAAAUCUCAGUAAUUUAAGUAAAAAGUGAAACUCAUAUAUUAUAAAGAUUUUUUGUACAGGUAGGGAUUCAAAUUGAUUACUUUCAUUAAUCUUGAUGAAAUGGAUUAGAGUUAAUGAUGAGCCAAACUUCUUCAAACUUUCAUAAAUCUGAAUAUUAGAAAAGACUAAUAAAAAUGACCUUUAAUAUGACAUAAUAAGCCUACAGAAAGUGAUGUUGACUUGGUUUGGGCUCCUUCUACCACACUUUUUCCUUCCACUCAACAUUCCAUUCAUAUGAUUGGAUUCAGAUCUCCAGAUACUUUCAAGAAAAUGGCUUUCACACUGUGAAGGAUAUCAACGACUGAAAGAAACUGUAUGGUUUCUGUAUUGAAAAUACUUUUUAAAUUAUCUUUAUUGCCAGCUUAAUUUUGAGCUUUGGUUAGCUGUCAGCAAUAUUUAUCACUUAAUGCAAUACUUCAAGGUAAUAUGCAAGUUUCACUUUGCAGCAUUAAAAUGCGCAUCAACAAUUGCUGCUUUCAAACAGACUAAUUAAAACUGAUAAGCAAAAUAAUUUGUAGAGAAAUCCACAUUGUCUUUAUUUGGAUUUUAAUUUAAAAUAAUAAUGUGGAAAACCUUGUUGAUAAUCGAGGGAUUUCACUUAUUCUUCAGUCAGAUUGUAACGUGAAAGGUCAAAGGUUGCAUUUUAAACAAAGGGAUCUGUUCAUGUUUUAUUUCCACUCUUUGGCAAAUUAACAAAAAACAGAUAAUGUGCAUGUUCGUAAAAUAGUCCUGAUCAAUAUUUCAUGGUUUCUGAAGGUUUUUCUGCAGAUUGUUUUUAUUGCUUGUGUAGCUGCUAAAUUCUGAAUCAUUCAGGCAUAAAACAGUUUUGAGCAAAAAUAUUUUGCCUCAUAGUUGAUGGCAGUUUGUCACAAAAAAUAUGUUUUUGCUAAUUUCUUAGCUGAAUCUAUGAACAAAUGCCAGAGUUAAUAUUGUAGUACCAAAAAUGUGAUGUCCAAGAAACUACUAGCUGAAGACCAGUGGUUUGUAACUCUAGCUAGUAAAGAAAUGUUGAUUUAUUGAACUAGACUGGUGGACCCCAAACUUGCAGCUUGUGACUAACAAAACAGCAGCGUAAGAAAUUCACCAUCCUACACUUUUAAAUUACAGACGUUUCAUAGAGGCUCAGGUGGUUCUUAUUUGGUCAUGUGAUAAACGCAGCGCAGGAUUGUUUCCCUGCAACAAAGAAGAAAUAUCAGCGUUUUUGUUGUUUUUUUACAGUGUGAAAGAGGAAGGGAAGAAUAAAAUGUCAAGUUAUUGGCCAUAACAGCACUGUUAACAUCAGAUAUCAAUAUCGGUCCAAAGUUUCAUGUCGGUGCCUUCCUACUUGUGAACGCUUCACAAUCCUGAUCAGUUGAUUUGCACAAGAACAGAACAGAGGAUUAAACAGCCGCUAGGGCAUAAUUUAUUAAAACCGGAGAUAUUAAGAGUCCCUCAGUGUUAUUGAGCUGAUUUGGAAAUAAGUUUUGUUGUUUCAAUGGAUAAUAAUUACCUAUUUAGACACCUUAAGGGGUGAUUUCAAAAUAAGGUGCAUGAAAAUAAGUCUGCGUUUUAAGUUCAUGAUGCUAAUCCAGCAUCUUACCAUUGCUGCUCUGCAAAAACACAAAAUCUUACCAAGUAUUUUUUGUUUAAUUUUUUGUGCAAAUGUCUUAGUUCACUUCAAAUAGGACAAAAUCAACAAGUUACUCUUUAGCAUGAAAUAUGAGUUUGUUUAAAGUUAAUAAUUCCUCAGUAUUGAUUUUAAAAAAAGUACUAGAUCCACUGGCCGAUUAUUUCACUUAAAAC